GAUUUGCAUUUCAUCUAUUCUCCCGUUGGUCUAUAUCACCACCAGUGAUCAGGCCUCAAGCUCUAAUUCCAAAGGACUUGAGAACUGGACCUUUUAACUCUGGAGAUAUACUGUUGAGAUAUUGGAAUAAUAGCUAAAUAAUGCCUGGUUUCAACUUCUGUUUUGUUAAUCAAUAUAUUAUAAAGCUGUGUACAUGUACAUCAAGCUUUAGUUGUUUAACUGUAUGGAAGGUUGAACAUGAUCAUUGAUUGAAGGUUCGAGGGUAGUGAAGAAUCUGAUAAGAAACCUGUCAUCCAAUAAUCAUGUUUUUUAGCUCCUCUUUCUUAGAUAAACUGUCAAAUAUACACUUAUGUUAUAAAAUUCUUAGACUAUAAUUAUGAUAACAUAUAUUCCAGGUGCUAAAGCAUAUAGUAUGGUGUUGGAAAUCUCUGAAUUUUAUGUAAAUGAAAGCUAUUUGCAAUUUUAUUGCUUCCAGGGAAAUGAAUUGAUUGAGCAGAAUGCUUCAAAUGCCAAUAAUUUCGAUUCAGACCCAAAUGAAAUCCACCGCUUUGAACAAUUAAGGAAUGAACUAAUUGAGCUUGAGAAGCGUGUUAAAAGAAGUGCUGAUCAGUCAGCAUAUGAGGAGGAUGUUAAGGUUACAGUUGAUCGUCCUAGGUCUAUUGGUUACGUUGGACGUGCUCAAUUGGUUGAGGUUAAGAAGAAAGUAUCAUAG